ACAUAGCAAAAACGAAGUACAGUGCAUUGCUAUAAUUCAUUAAUACAUCAUAAAUCGUGAAGCACAGCGUUAUAACGACCAAGAUCUACAAAUCAAGCCCUCUAAAACAACCUAAAUGAGCUCUUACUUUGUAAACUCGUUCUCAGGGCGCUACCCAAAUGGCCCCGACUAUCAGUUACUAAAUUAUGGAACUAGCAGCAGCGCUAUGAACGCCUCGUACAGGGACUCCGGCACCAUGCAUUCAGGCUCUUACGGCUACAACUACAAUGGGAUGGACCUAAGCGUCAAUCGUUCAACCAACACGGGCCAUUUCGGGGCAGUUGGGGACAACUCCCGGGGCUUCCAGUCUCCAGCCCCGGAGACGCGAUUCCGACAGCCGUCAAGCUGCUCACUUGCGUCCCCGGAGCCGCUGCCAUGCUCCAACAGCGAGAGCCUGGGACCUAAAGGCUCUUCACCCCCUUCCGACCAAAGCGCCUCCACCGCGGGUAGCAACCUCAACAAGAACACACAUUUCACAGAAAUCGACGAAGCCAGCGUUUCAUCCGAGACCGAAGAAGGCUCCCACAGAGCGGCCAACCCGGCUCCCCGGACGCAGCAGAAGCAAGAGACCACGGCAACCUCCACCACCUCCGCGACUAGCGAUGGCCAAGCGCCACAAAUAUUCCCCUGGAUGCGGAAACUACAUAUUAGCCAUGAUAUGACUGGACCAGACGGCAAAAGGGCCCGAACUGCCUAUACCCGCUAUCAGACGCUAGAGCUGGAAAAAGAGUUCCAUUUCAAUAGGUAUCUCACCCGGAGGAGGAGGAUAGAGAUAGCCCACGCUCUAUGCCUCUCAGAACGACAAAUUAAGAUCUGGUUCCAAAAUCGGCGGAUGAAAUGGAAAAAGGACAAUAAGUUGAAGAGCAUGAGUCUGGCUACGGCAGGUAGCGCUUUUCAGCCAUAAUGUUAACGCAAAUCAUAUCUAAGUGUUGUGCAAAUGAAAGCAGGAAGGAAAAAACUAAUGAAAAUAUGUUUCAAUACACUAUACCGAGUACUGUAAAAAGCGGCACCUUUCGGCAUGUUGUUGAAUGUUUUAGGCAACUUAAAAUUUUGUGGUACUGCUCAAACUUAACGGAAGUUAGUGUUCAUAGGCUGUUCUUUUAAUACUAUCUUAUUAUUUCGAGGAAAAAGGGAAAAAGGAAAAAAUGCAAAAUGCCGCAAGUUGUUCUUGUUAUGAAUAUUGUUUGUGUCAAGUGCUAUGUUAAUGCUUUCUUGAGAGUUAGCAUGUGAGCUCUUAAAUGUUAUAACUUAUUUACUACCUAUAAACGUGUAUACUUUGAGUUUACAGCUUAGAGAAGCAUCCGCCCAAAUAUGAAGUGAAGCUCUAGUUUAGUGGUGACUGCAGUAAGUUCAGCAGAAGCCUUAAUGUGUUCCAUGGUCCUAUAUGUUUUAAUGUCAUUGUCUAGAUCAUGUUAUCGGACUUUUGUCAUGUGUUCAAAUUCUUCAAUUAUUUUUGAAAAAAAGGAAAUUUGUAAAUAGUCCUCACUAGAUUCCUGUAUCCGGUCAUACGUGUGUAUAGUUAUAUUCAAAAUAUGUAAUUGUAUAUUACUGGAUCAUGUUUAUGUUCCCCUCAAAAAAGUUGUACAUAUUGAACAUUUUUAUUGUGACCAGUUGGCUAUUUGUAGUAGGCAGAGUGAAUGGCAAACGUGUGUGGAAAGCGAAAAAAAAGCUAAUGUCAUGUUGAACUGCCUGUAAGCAUUUUGCCAAUACGCUUUUUGUAUUUGUUUGUAGCUUAACUUGGAGUAAAAAAAAUAAAUAAAUAAAGUUCCCCAUAUUCAGACCCAA